CCAAAAUUCAAACAAAACAUUCCAUCUUCCAGAUAUUCUGGAGGUCAGUUCCAGCGACAGUUCCGAAAUGGAGAACACUCCAAACGACGACGCUUCGUCUUCUGCUAAUUUCAGGGGAGUUAGGAAAAGGGAGUGGGGGAAAUGGGUUUCGGAGAUUCGGCUCCCCAAUAGCCGGCGCCGGAUUUGGCUCGGCUCCUUCGACUCGCCGGUGAAGGCGGCGCGGGCGUUCGACGCCGCCCUUUUCUGUCUCCGCGGGAGGAACGCGAACUUCAACUUCCCCGACAACCCUCCCGACAUCGCCGGCGGCAGCGCAAUGUCGGUCGACGAAAUUAAGGUUGCGGCGACCCAUUACGCCAACGCGGAGACCCAUCAGGAUACCGGGUCGGGUCCCAACCGUGAGAAUGUUUCGGAUCAUUCGACUUCGCUUUCGCCAACUCACUCCAUGCAUGCUGACUCACCUCCUCAGCCGGGCCCCGGUGGGCCCGAACAUGUUGAAGUUGAAAUGACACAAGCACCCUUGGACGAUGGGUUUCUCCAGCAGUUGGACGCUCCGAUUUACAGCUUUAAUGGCUAUGGUUUCCCACCGUCUUUACCCGAAACCAAUUACGACAUCGAUGAUCAGUACGAUGGAUAUGCGUCGCAAGGAUCAUUUCGUCUCUGGGAUUAUUGAAGCAACCAAUCACAUCUUAGAGAAAAUUCCCGUUAAACUAAUUCCAGUAAUACUCAACGAACUCAAUAUCUCUUCAAAUCAGAGAUGAAUUUUACGCGAGUUCACGAAAAAUGGCGAGCCUGACUAAUAUGUACAGGACUUUCUGUAAAUCCAAAAAAAAUUGUGCUAAAUAAGAGUAAAAUAUACGAGUAUGGAUUAGCUAUGUUCCGUAAAUAGCAUUAUAUGUUUUAUAUUUUCCUUAAAUAAGACUAAACAUUAUAUUUCUACAUUUAAUGUAAUUAAUAAAUAUAACUAAUCUCUCUUCCUAACUCCUCAUGUGUAAUCAGGGCCGUCCGUCAAUGGCGGAGCACUCCAGAUGCAGUUGCACUACAAAGGUGGCAGUCCAGCCACACACCAUUCCAGCGACAACAGCCGAUUUCUGGUAGGCUGUUGCGUCCGGUAACCAAGCUUCAAUUAUGAGUGUAUGUAUGUUCAAUCAUAAAUAAUACUCCUUCGUCCCAUUGAAAUGAAUAUGCUUUCCUUCUGGGUGUUUGGUAAAUUGUGUUUCAUCCAAAAAAUAGCCGUUUGACCACUUUUGACAUUUUUAUGAGUGGACACACUCUUACUGUUUGGUAAAUAGCGGUUCGGCACUAGCAUUUUAGGACGGAACCGUUGAAAUGAAAAUGCUGCAAAUAGAAGAGAUUUGGGUUAGCGUUUUGAGAAAUGGCGUUUUGUAUUAAUUUUAUGGUCAAACAGCUAAAUUAUCAAACAUCUUCUGAAACCCGCCAAUUUUAUUCCGCUCGUCAAACCCGUUGAUUGAAUUCGCUAUUAACAACCCGAUAACAUAAUCCGUUAUCCGCUAACCGCUAACCGCUAAAUGCCAAACACGCCCUUAUGUGCAAGGACGGAGCCAGAAAAACGGCUCGGGGGGGUCGAAAAUAUCUGAGUAGAAAAACUAUUUACAAAUGAAAAUGGUAGGUCAUUUUUAGACAAUAUCCGAAUUGAAUGUUUCCUUUGUAGUUUAGAUAAAUAGGUGCUCGUAGCUAUAAGAUACAUUGUCUUUUCUCUGUUUCUGAAUCAUGUCACGUACGUAAUGAGUUUAUUACUUUAUUAUACAUUGUUUUUAAAUUUUGGGAAAAUAAUCAAUUUUUUUAGAAGAAAGAAAAUAAUCAAUAUGAAUCAUCAAAUUGUAAUGAUUUUACGUUUACAUAGUCCUGAUUUUCCAGAGGUCAUAAGUUUUUACUCAUAAUGAGUUACGGGGACCAUAAUAUAUCAAAUCGAAGAUAUUUCAAUGUUCUAAACUCUCAAAUUUCCACCGGGGUCGGCUGACCACCCUGACCCCCCCCCCUUGGCUCCACCCCUGCUUAUGCGAAUGUCCCUUUUAAGAGUUCACAUUCUAGUUUGGGUAAUAAUUUAUGUACUUUAGUUACACAUUUACUCAAUUUUUCCCUACUCAUUACAUAUCAAACCUCACGAUUUCUCCCCCCUUCAACUUAUUUCCCUUUAAUUACUAUCACAAUAUAUAUUGAAAGAAUUACACAAAUAUAACUACUUUAAACUCCACUAACAAAAAUAUGACUUUUUGAUCUAACUUAAUCCCAUGAUGCCCAUACGUGAUCCAUGCUAUAAGUCACUUUCUUGUAACUCUCAUGACUUUUGAUAAUAUUCAUGUAAAAAUCUCAUAUAUGUUUACUUUUUCUAAAAAAAUCUUUCAUCUCUUUUUUAUCAAAAUACUUUAUUUAACUUGCCUAAAAUAUCGUGUCAGUUAUUCAUGGGAAUCUUCCAACGAGACGGAGGGAGUAAGUCUUAUUUAUGUAAUCUUAAAGAUUCACUCAUAUGUUCGGAAUUUUACUCGCUUCAUCUCUUGUAAUUUGUCACCUUUCCUUUUUAAUUGUCUUAAAAAUUUGUCACUUUCUUUAUUAAUCAAUCGAUUUAUGGUUGUUUUUAUUUCUCUUGUCUCUCAAAAAAAUCUCAAACACUCGAUUUUUACUACGAAGUACAUUAUUUUCUGCAUUGGUGUUCAUCCUCAGUGAUUUAGAGGAAAACAGAGGCAAUAUUAUUUCGUAUGAAGUAACAAAGAAAAUUAAACACCAAAUGCAUUUUAUUUUUAUAUACAAAUGUUUGAUUUAGAGGGAAACAGAGGCAAUAUUAUUUUUCACAUAUUCGAAAAAACGAGUUUUACAAAAAAUUGACUUAUAGUAAUAAAAGUAAGAAGGGAAAACUGUCAAUUACGCUCUCCUUAAUUCUGUGUACCGAAAGUCGAUUAAGUUCUUGUACAUUAAAACACUGAAUUAUAUCCUCGAAAUUUGUGAUUUUGGGCGCUAUAUGUGUAAUAAUAAUAAAAACUAAGGUUUGAGUUAUUGUACAGGACCGUUUUUAGUUAUUUUUAUAUAUAAUAUCUUCUUCAUUUUAUUAAUAAAAUAUUCUGUAUAUUUUAAAUUUAAUUUUUGAUAAAUCAGCAUAAUUAGUCAAUAAAGUCAUUUAAGUCCAUUGAGACUAUUUUAUGAAAAGGACCCUUUGUCUUAUACUUCCUCCGUCCCGAAUUGAGGUCAAAAAUUGAACAGCACGGGAAUUAAGAAAGAAUAGAAAUUGGCAUUUACUUUCCCAUUUUUCCCUUCCUCACCCGGUGUGGACUGGAGGACAAACUUUUGUCAGCAACUUUUUUUAAGUUGGAAAAACGAAACGAUUUUUUUAAAGCAGUUCAAUUACAACUUUUGUCAGACAGUACGGGAUGUCUUACUGUGCUUCUUCUACAUGGCUUAUAUCGAGUAGGAAAAAAAGUGAAACAGGGAUUGUUAAUUGCCGAAAACCGAUCGUUAGCGUCUGAUCUCUGUUCGAGAGCAUCUCCAACAUUUUUGACAUAUACGUCAAGACUCCAACCGAUUGUCCACCGUCUGCCGCUUCAAUGGUUCGACCGGCGACACAAGUAUUUGGUUCGAUGAGGGCAGCAAUGACUCAUCUGUAAGGUUCUUCGAGGGCGACGGCGCAACGGCGACUCAUCUGCAACUUGGUCAACUAAACGCGUCGGAUCUGAGGAAUUUCAGGCGGAGCCAGAGCUAAUAGGACUGUAAGGGAGUUUUAAUUUAACGUUGAUUUUUCCCCUAAGCUGGAGCCCCCUUCUUUGAUUUGUCCCCUAAGCUGGAGCCCCCUUCUUUUCUCCAUCUUUAUCUUUAAAAGGAAGAUGAACAUAAUCUUGCCAUGGAGAAGGUGUGAGACUACAUUUACAAAGGUGGUUGUGCUUCAUAUGGGAAAUUGCUAAUAUGGAAAGAAAAGGGAGUUUUUUUACCAAAAGAGGGUAGUAUCCAAUCUUAUUCCCCAAUUAAGGGUACUUUCAGGGGCGGUCCUAGGGGGUGUGCAACAGGGGCGACCACCCUAGGCCCAAUAAAUUAGGCCCAAGAAAUUAGGGGGGGGGGAAUAGGCCCAAAAAUAUUUCUUUGUAUUUAGUGUAAGUAGACAAAAAAAAUUACAAAAAUAAAAUAAAAUAAACUAUGUAGUGUAAGUAGACUUCUUUUAAAAAAAAUAAGCUCAAUUAAUUGGUUCAAGGUUUAAUUUUUAAAAUAAAUGUAAAGUGGCCCACCUCUCUUAAUUCUCUUCGGAUCUCUAAGUUUUGUAAUCCUUUUAAUUACAAAAUUAUCAUGUUAUGUUAGGCCUCCCAAGUCCAAAAUUCCCAAUUCGCAAAGCCCAUUCAAAUUGUUUAGUUGUUACCAAAUUCCAAUAUCAACAAGAGUAAAGAAUGUUGCAAAGCGGUGACUCGGUGAGUGCCUCAGCGGUUUGUUAAAAAUUGAAGCCAAUCAAUCGAGAAACCCAAACGGCAGUCGAUGACCAAAAAACUUCUUUCAAGACUUUAAAUAAUCCAUCUGUGAUCAAUAAAUUAUUCUUGAUAAAUUGGUGAAUCGGGUUGGG